UUGAAACCCAUUGAGUCUGAGUGAUAAUUGUUGUAAACAUUGGACUUUUCAUUUCGCAAAGACAGGUUAAACUACAAAAGCGAUGUGUAUUUAGUUUCUGAUUCUUGCUGGUCAACAGACACCAAAAAGCGAUUUUCCAUGCUCAAAUUGUGGCUUGAUUUUUGGGCACAAUGAGAAAAUUCACGAAACCAAUAUUGUCAUUGAAACAGUUUAUGCUGCGGCAAGAGGUGAUGAAGCUCUACAGAGAAAUAUUCCGUUCGAUCAGACUGGUUCCGGAGGUGUCAAGCCGAAAUGAUUUGAAACAAUGGACACGAUCUGAUUUUCGUGCCAAUAUGCAUCACACGGAUGAAUUAACGAUCAAAAUGCUACUGCAACAUGGCCAACGUUCACUCAAAGAACUCCAAACUAAUUUAGAACUAAGCGGCAUUGCGCCGGCUUCGGAAGCAACUAGCACCAAAAAUACAAAAUCCAAUGAUAAGACGAAAUGACAGCAAAUUCGAACCAAAUACUAGUUAAAAUUAAAGAAGAAUGUUUUCUCAGUUAUGAUUGUUAGAAAGGAAAAUGACAGGUUUUUUAAUUGUGUUUUGCCUUAAAUUUCACUAGGAAUUUGCCUUUUUUGUUGUUUUUUGUUGUUUGAAUGAACCAAAUAUAAAAAAUGUUAAUAUCA